AGGAGAGAAAUGCCGAUAACCGGCAUUUCCCUGUUUACAUGUGAUCAGCUGUGAUUGGACACAGCUGAUCACAUGACCGAGUUGACAUUUUCGUCUCUUUCCGUGAUCGUUGAUCCGCUGUGUCCGAGGGACACAGCACAUUGCCACGCCGGGUGCGUGCCCCUGGGGGCAUGCGGGAGAGCGCAUUCUGGGAGGACAUCAUAUGACGCCCUCCCAGAACUGGACAAGUGCGCUGUAGCCGUUAUUCGGCUAUAGCGUGGUUGGCAAAUGGUAAAAGUGGUAGUA